ACAGUCGUGGCGCAGUCAGUCGUAUUCGAGAUCUUCAACUUACAACAAUCUCAAUCGAAAUCAUAGAUAAUUUUGUGAAUAAUUUCAAGAAAUUUGAAAUUCAACGAGAUUGAAAAUUAGAAUUCAACUUUUUAGAAAUUAUUUCGAACUUACAACCAAUUUUUAGUUUUCAACCAAAAAGUGAUAUCAUUUUUUUUUUCAAAAGUAUUUUUGGAAUUUUUUUUUUAGUCAAAAAUAUUUCGAUAAUUAAAAUUGAUUAUUUUUCUAAAUUAUUAAAAUCAAAACAAAAUGUGGAGUUUCUUAUUCGUUGUAGCCACUUUGGCACUUUCAGUAUCGGCAAAAACCGAUGUCCCUGAAUAUAUAAUCCAAUGUCGUCGAUCCGAUCCACAAUUGUUAGAGUGUCUAAAGGGUUCACUGCAUCAUUUACGGCCAUAUUUAGCACAAGGAAUACCAGAAAUUGAGAUGCCAACAGUCGAACCAUUUAUCAUGGACUCGCUUUCGCUGCAACUCACUGGCGGUCCACAAGGCUAUCGCGUCAAUUUGAAAAAUAUGGAAAUUUUCGGUGCCAGCAACUUCACCGUUAAAAGCAUCAAAUUGAGCGAAAAUAAUCGGCCAUUUGAAGCGCGUAUUGCCAUUCCACGGUUGACCAUUCGUGCCAAAUACACCAGUUCAGGCGUUUUAUUGAUCAUCCCAGCCAGUGGUUCAGGUGACUUUGAUGCCGUUCUCGAUGGCGUUAUUGCUGAUGUGAAAGGACAAGUUUCCACCGCAGAAAAGAAUGCGAAAACCUACUUGCACGUUGACAGCUUAGCCAUGGAAUUGAAUGUAAAAAAAGUGCGUAUGCACAUUGCCAAAGUGUUCAAAAAUAAUCGCAUUUUAACCGAAGCCACCAAUUUGUUUUUGCGUGAAAACGGUAUUGAAGUACUGAAAGCUAUGCAACCGCAAUUGCAGAAGAAACUAUCGGUUGAAUUCUCGGGCAUUGCUAAUCAACUGUUAAAACACGUUCCACGUGAAGCCUUCUUGGUAGUUUCAGUUUGUUUGUUUCGAACUUUAGUUUGUGACUUUCUUUUGAAAAAACAUUCAAAAAUGCAAUCGAAAAACUUGUACAUCGCGGGAGCUGCAGUGGCUGCUUUGUCCAUGGUUGUGCUCGCUCUUCAACCCUAUUACAUCCAACAAUGUUCACGAGAUGAUCCAGAAGUGAACACCUGCCUAAUGCACAGCGCCAAUCGAUUGGCUCGACUAUUGCAAGCUGGUGUGCCUGAGUUGGAUAUGCAUGAGAUUGAACCCGUUAUCGUGGACGAAAUCAAUAUUCAAUUGGGCGGCGGACCCGAUGGUUAUCGUGCUACAUUCCGAAACAUUGAGGCCUACGGCGUCAGCAAUCUUACAUUGACCAACAUCAGAUCCGACAUCGAUACGCUACAAUUUCAAAUGACUUUUGAAAUCCCACACAUUCGCGUAAAGGCCCAAUAUCGUUCGUCGGGCGUGCUAAUUUUAGUGAAAGCUUCCGGUGCCGGAGACUACUGGGGAGAAUAUGAUGGCGUACGUGCCAAGGUUUACUUCAAAGCCACACCAGUUGACCAACUCGAUGGAUUGACUUAUUUGCGUGUUGAAGAGGCCAAAAUGGAUUUCAGUGUCAAGAACAUUCAAAUGGGCGUUGAUAAUGUUGCUGGUGGCAAUGUUGUGAUCCAGGCCGCAUUGAAUCUGUUCAUCAACAGCAAUGCCCAAGAGCUGUUGAAGGAAAUGAAACCAGCUCUUCGCAACAAAUUCACGACGAUUUUGCAUCUAUUCAUUGAUCGACUAUUUGAGCGCAUUCCAUUGGAAAACUUUUUAGUUUAAUUUAUUUAAAGCUAUGCUUUUGCUCCUCAUUUUUUUUUUAUUCAAUCAUUAUUUUAAGUCACAAUUCAAUUUAAGUGCUUUUGUUAUUGUUAUCAUCAAAACAUGAAUGAUGUGUAUUUAUUGUUUGAAGAAUUUAUUACAUUUCU